ACUUCAAUCGAUAAUCACAAAAAAGGUGACUCAAAAAGCAGAAGUAUUUAAUUUCUUUGUAAUUAAUUAAAAGUCGAAUAAACACAGAACAAACAUGUCGACAUUGGCGAGUCCCUUAUCCAUUGCUGGCACCCGGCAAUCAGGAUCUUCGGUGCGAACACAGAACGUUAUGGCUGCUCUUUCCAUAUCCAACAUUGUGAAGAGUUCUCUGGGUCCAGUGGGCUUGGACAAAAUGCUUGUGGACGAUAUUGGAGAUGUUACAGUAACAAAUGACGGAGCCACCAUAUUGCGUCUGCUGGAGGUUGAGCACCCUGCUGCUAAGGUUCUCGUAGAGUUGGCACAACUGCAAGAUGAAGAAGUUGGAGAUGGCACCACUUCAGUUGUUAUUCUGGCCGCCGAACUGCUCAAGAAUGCCGAUGAACUGGUCAAGCAGAAGAUCCACCCAACUUCCAUAAUCUCGGGCUACAGGAUUGCCUGCAAGGAGGCCUGCAAGUACAUCUCUGAGCAUUUGACUGCCCCAGUGGACGAACUGGGACGCGAGUCACUGAUUAAUAUUGCUAAGACUUCCAUGAGCUCAAAGAUCAUUGGCGCCGAUGCUGAGUUCUUUGCCACCAUGGUUGUUGAUGCAGCCCAAUCGGUGAAGAUCACAGAUCCUCGGGGUCAGACAGCCUACUCGAUCAAGGCCAUCAAUGUGUUGAAGGCUCACGGCAAGUCGGCCCGGGAGUCUGUUCUCAUUCCUGGCUAUGCUUUGAACUGCACAAUUGCAUCGCAGCAAAUGCCCAAGAAGAUUGUGAACGCAAAGAUUGCCUGCUUGGAUUUCUCUCUGCAGAAGACCAAGAUGAAAAUGGGCGUCCAGGUGCUUAUCAAUGAUCCCGAUAAGUUGGAGGCAAUUCGUGCCCGCGAACUAGACAUCACCAAGGAGCGCAUCAACAUGAUUCUGGGCACUGGCGUUAAUGUAGUCCUGGUCAGCGGUGGCGUUGAUGAUCUCUGCAUGAAGUAUUUCGUUGAAGCUGGCGCUAUGGCUGUGCGUCGUGUUAAGAAGAGCGAUCUAAAGAUCAUAGCCAAGGCUACUGGAGCUGCAUUCCUUACCUCGUUGACGAACAUGGACGGUGAGGAGAGCUUCGAUGCCAGUAUGGUUGGUGAAGCUGCUGAGGUAGCACAGGAACGAAUCUGCGAUGAUGAGCUUAUCCUCAUCAAGGGCACAAAGGCUCGUGCGGCCGCUUCCAUCAUUCUGCGUGGUCCUAAUGAUUUCUACUGUGAUGAAAUGGAACGCUCUGUUCACGAUGCCCUCUGUGUGGUGAAACGUGUUCUUGAGAGCAAAAAGGUCGUCGCUGGCGGCGGCUGUGUGGAAGCUGCCUUAUCCAUCUAUUUGGAGAACUUUGCCACCUCUUUGGCAUCGCGUGAACAGUUGGCUAUUGCGGAAUUCGCCAAAUCUCUGCUUGUCAUUCCCAAGACACUGUCAGUGAAUGCAGCCAAGGACGCCACAGAUCUAGUGGCCAAACUGCGCUCGUAUCACAAUUCCAGCCAGACCAAGCCAGAACGCUCUGACCUUAAAUGGACCGGUCUGGAUCUCGUCGAAGGUGUGGUGCGUGAUAAUAAGAAAUCAGGUGUCCUGGAGCCAGCAAUGUCAAAGAUCAAAUCGCUGAAAUUUGCCACCGAAGCGGCCAUUACCAUUUUGCGAAUUGAUGACAUGAUCAAGCUAAAUCCAGAAGACAAGAGCGGCAAGAGCUAUGCCGAUGCCUGCGCCGCUGGCGAGCUAGAUGGUUAGGUGACAUCCACACUUAAGAGAUGAAGGAAGAUAAGGAUUUCCUACACGUCGUUCUUUAGGCAUUUAAUUUUAAUCAGUUCAUUCAUCCCAUUCAUUUACUUAUAACAACAAUUAAAUUGUUUAAAUAAUUUCGAUCUGUAUUAACCAAUAUCCGCGCACCGAAAUGAUGGCUUCUCUCACGUUUUAAUAAAUACAAAAAGGCGUCACACUAAACUCUGAA